UAGUUGGUAAUUAAACCAAAUUUUGAAAUUCCAUUUGUUAAAUUUUUAUAUCUUUUGUUUUUAGGGAAAAAAUGACGUUCUUCACACGUAAAGGUUUUCCAGUGCCCGAGUUACCAGAUCGUGCCGAUUACGUGCUGACCGAUGGCGAUCUCAUCGAAGAGGAAGAUGAGGACGAAGAGGAAGACGAUGAAGAGGACAAGGCACGCGAAACAGCGAUCGCAAUCAAUACAGCGCUCGUAGCUAGCAACAAUAGAAAUAAGAAUCUCAAUGAGAAUCAUGCAGGUGGAGCGAUCAGUCGAAGAGAACUGAAUGCAGCGAAAACCACAGCAGCUGCAGCUGCAGCCGCGGCUGCCAACGCCAGCGCCAGCGCCGCAUCGACAGCAACAGCAACAGCCACAAAUAUAUCAUUAGCGCCAAGCACAAGCGCUGCCGUAGCAGCUAAAGCGCCAGCGCCGAACAACAGCAGUCCCAGCAGUGACGAUCAAAAAGAUCAACGUUUUGAAUAUGUGGUCGAUCGGAAUUAUGGCGUUGAAGUGUGAAGCUUUUAUAACAUAAACUGUUUUUUUUUCUAAAUAAAUACAUAGCUGUAAAUAUAAAUAUUUAUAUAAUUUUAAUAGCCGCCAACGGGAUAGCGGAAAACUCAAGAAACAAAACAAUUGUGCCUUACUCGUAGUUUUAUAGGAAAAAAAUGUGUAGAUGAAAUGACGACAAGUGAAAAUUAUAUUCACUGAAUAUUUUUAUAAAUCAAUUAAGAAAUAUUUAGUAAUGAAGUAGUGUUGGUGUACAAAAUUUUAUUAUUUGUCUUAAUGCAAAACAUAGAUAUUACUCAAUAAUGAAAGAAGACGAAAUUUGGCAUUAAUAUUGGCGAAGUACGAAGUGCGCGCUUCUGGAUUUGUGCAUCUUUAAUUUUUU